AUGUCCGAAUCUCCUCCGCCUCCGUCCUGGAGCAUCAGCAACAUGGCCAACAGUGCUGCGCAGUUCAUGCGACUCCCAGUUCUCGCCUCGUCGGGUCUGGCUGUUGUUGCAAGUGGGCUUUUAUACUUCAAGCAAAAUGAGCUAAUCUAUCCCCGCAAUGUUCCUGUGGAUGCACGCACGAAUGUUCCUAGUCCUCGUCAAUUUGGUAUUACCGAUUUUGAAGAUCUUCAGAUUCCCACCCCCGACGGAGAGUCUUUGCACGCUCUUUUCCUCCGGCAGCGACCAAGCCGUUCUUCUCGCAAUGUGACCGUCUUGAUGUUCCACGGGAACGCAGGCAAUAUCGGACACCGCGUUCCUAUUGCCAAAGCUUUGCAGGAUACGCUUCGGUGCAACGUUUUCAUGUUGGAAUAUCGCGGAUACGGAAUGUCAACAGGCACUCCAGAUGAGGCCGGCCUUAAGAUUGAUGCUCAAACCGGUCUUGACUACCUGCGACAGCGCCCAGAGACGAGAGAUACGGAGAUUAUCGUCUACGGACAGAGUCUCGGUGGUGCCGUUGCUAUUAACCUGGUUGCUACCAAUGAGGAGCAAGGCGAUAUUGCCGGCCUGAUUUUGGAGAAUACUUUCCUGAGCAUUCGCAAAUUGAUUCCUAACGUGUUCCCCCCCGCGCGGUAUCUCGCACGUUUCUGUCACCAAUAUUGGACCAGUGAAGAUAUACUGCCUAAGAUCACGCAAACUCCGGUUCUUUUCUUGAGUGGACUUAGGGACGAGCUUGUUCCCCCCUCAAAUAUGACCCAAUUAUUCGCCGUUUGCAAUUCUGAAACCAAGAUUUGGCGCACACUGCCGAAUGGCAGCCAUAACGACUCUGUUGCCGAGCCAGGUUACUUUGAACACAUUCUCUCCUUUGUUACGGAAGAGGUGCUAUCUAAUAAAGAAUAA